AUGGUGAACAACGAGCACCAAGCUCUUUUGCCUAUGCGCUUACGAGGACUCCUUCACUUAAUGACAUUCCUUCCAGAUCCAGUUUUGUAUAUUCUGAUCGGUCUUCAAACCAGAUGCCUUCUGCAGCCGGGUGUUCUACCAAAGUCUCAGGCGACACAUACGCUCAACGGCUUUCUGGAAGUGAGGGGGAUGGCGCAUACUCAAACGAAGGGCUUUCCCACACUGAUUUACCAACCUCUGGGGCUUACAUCCCUUCCUCCCGACCUGCUGUCUUCUGACUCUUCCCCGGCAAUGGCUACGAAAUCAAGGGAUUGGAGCUCUUCAGCUUCCCUUCUCGAUGGUUACGAGUGUGAAAUCAUUGGUUCUACUCGGCCUAAGGCAUUCUUCCACUUCGGCAGAUACCCAUUCUCAAAGGCACAUAGCGAGCGAUCAGUCGGUCCUCGUGGACUGUGUCGACGAAGGCUGCCAUGCGACCGAUAUCAAGGGGAUGACAUUGAUUCAAGAUCAGCUUUACUUAAUCUCUUGGGAAGCAAAAUCAUUCUCGACAAGGAGAAGAAGGAAAAAGACAUCUGA